CUUUUUGUACUAGUCAAGAAGAAAUAGUUCCUCAGAUGUUUAGCAUUUAGCUUUAUGUUUAAGAACACUAGCCUGAGAGACCAUAUAGAUCAAAUCCUCCACUUUAUUUGUAUCAUAUUAAAAAAAUCAAAGUCAUAGCAACAAAAAGAAUCCAGAAUGCGAUAAAAUAUUCAUAAAGAUAUUUGUAAAGAAAUACAGUCAUACCUAAAACAAAUGGCAGUAAAUGAAAGAAAGUCUAAAAAGUGGAGGGAAUGGAUAAUAUGAAAUAAAGUAAAAAUAACCCCCAAACAUUUUCACAGGCUACGGAAAUCACAGAAGGGAAAAGAUAUAUGUCUAUGACAGAGUGAGGGUCUCUUUAAAAUGGACAAGAAUUUUAAAGGAAAGAUCAAAACGGGUGAAUUUUAAAUAUUGUACCCAUUAAGCAGUCAGUAUUAAACAAAAGCAUCGUUGAAAUAAAUAUUUUAACAUCAAAGGGUGUAAAUUUCCAUACGAUUUGUUUAAAGAAAAAAGCUACCUUAGUCUUUGUUUAAAUGUUGCUGCCUGACAAGGAUUUUGUGAUUAAUUUUCUCUCAGGUUGAGGAAACAAGAAUUGAGCAAAAUCAUUUGGGUGUGGGGUCUGGAAGAUUUAUGUAAUUUUCAACGUAUAUUACUCAUUGGGCGAACAUGGUUUAAGGAAAGUCAGUAAAAUCAGAGAAUGUGGUCUCAUGGUAAGUCUUGAUUUUAGUUUGUAAGAAAACUUGCAUAUACAGGUAACCAACUUUCUGGAAAUAAAAGAGAAUAAAAGACACAUAACGUUAACCUAUGUGGACUCCUCACCCUACCUUCCUUUUCUCUUUCUGUACAGUUAGCUUCCCACGCUCGUGUCAGCUCUUGGGUUUAUCAGAGCAGUGUUUUCGCAGAGCGGCCUUGCAACGCUACUGUUGUACCCCGAGUUCCAGCCGGGUCCCCCGCUCCAGGAGCCCCAAACCCAGGCUCCGGCCAGUUCCUGCACCGAAAGCACCGCUGGCUCCCGGGGCGUGGGAACCGGAGGCGCGGGCUCCCCUCCCGACUAGGCGGAGCCGGGCCGGUGGGGGGAAGGGGGCCAGAGCCGCUCCGCAGGGCCUCAGUCGGGGGUGGGCUCUGCUGCGCGGCGCGCGCAGUCAGGGACGCAGUCACAUCGCUCCCGGGCCGCGAGGGAAAGACUGGGGGUCCGCGCGGGGCCAGCAUCGGGGCUCGCCGCCCCCAGGUACGCCCAGGAGCCUCGCCCCGCCCCGCCAUUCCAGCAGGUGGCCGAACCAGCUAGACCAGCCGAGCGCGCCCCGGUUCCCGGCAGCAGCAGGUGGCCCCGGACUUCCCGCUUCGCCGCAGCAGGGCGGGCAGCGCGCCCCGUCGCGCCCCAGAGCACCCCCAGCUACCCGCGCCCGGCGGCAUGGAGGCGGACGGGGUCCGGGAGGAGCUGGCCCGGCUGCGCUCGGUCUUCGCUGCCUGCGACGCGAACCGCUCGGGGCGCCUGGAGCGUGAGGAGUUCGGGGCGCUGUGCGCGGAGCUGCGCGUGCGGCCGGCCGACGCCGAGGCCGUUUUCGAGCGGCUGGACACCGACCGCGACGGCGCCAUCACUUUCCAGGAGUUCGCGCGCGGCUUCCGCGGGUUCCGCCGCGGGGGGCGGCACCGGGGCUGGGGGCCGCGGGAGCCCGCGCCGGCAGGGGCCCACGCGGGGCCGGACUCCGGGGACAGCGAGGAGAGCGAAGGCGAUGAGGACGCCACGGCGGCGCUGGCUGCACCCUGGGACCCGGCGAGCCCCGGCCGGGCUUGGCAGGACUUCCAGGCGCGACUCGGGGACGAGGCCAAGUUCAUCCCCAGAAAAGAGCAAGUUGGUACCUUGUAUCAAAACAUCAACCUUGUGGAGCCCAGACUAAUUCAGCCUUAUGAACAUGUUAUAAAGAACUUCAUCCGCGAGAUCAAACUUCAAAGCACAGAAAUGGAAAACCUGGCCAUUGCAGUAAAAAGAGCCCAGGACAAGGCAGCCAUGCAGCUGAGUGAGCUGGAGGAGGAAAUGGACCAGAGGAUUCAGGCGGCGGAGCACAAGACACGGAAGGAUGAAAAACGCAAAGCUGAGGAAGCUCUCAGUGACCUCAGACGUCAGUAUGAAACAGAAGUAGGAGAUCUACAAGUGACAAUAAAGAAGCUCAAAAAGCUAGAAGAACAGUCAAAACAUAUUAGUCAAAAAGAAGAUGUGGCUGCAUUAAAACAACAAAUUUAUGAUUUAUCAAUGGAGAAUCAGAAAGUUAAGAAAGAUCUCUUAGAAGCACAGACGAACAUAGCCUUUCUUCAGAGUGAAUUAGAUACUUUGAAAAGUGAUUAUGCUGAUCAGAGUCUGAAUUCUGAAAGGGACCUGGAAAUAAUCCGAGAGUACACAGAAGACCGAAAUAGUCUUGAGAGGCAAAUUGAAAUACUCCAAACAGCUAACCGGAAGCUGCAUGACAGUAAUGAUGGCCUACGCAGUGCCCUUGAAAACAGUUACAGCAAGUUCAACAGAUCCUUGCGCAUGAAUAAUAUAUCACCAGGGAAUACAAUUUCUAGAAGCAGUCCCAAAUUUAAUAGUCAUUCUCCUCAGCCUCUGGGCUAUGACAGGUCGUCCCGCUCUUCCUAUGUAGAUGAGGACUGUGACUCCUUGGCCCUCUGUGAUCCUAUGCAGAGGAUGAACUGUGAAGUUGACAGCCUGCCUGAGAGCUGCUUCGACAGUGGCCUGUCUACCCUGAGAGAUUCCAAUGAGUAUGACUCGGAGGUAGAAUACAAGCACCAGAGAGGAUUUCGGAGGUCACAGGGCACGCAGGAGAGCUUCGGGGGUGAUGCAUCGGACACAGACGUUCCUGAUAUAAGGGAUGAAGAGACCUACGGUGCAGAGGGUGUGGCUUCCGUCUUAGACUGGAAGCCCCAGGGACCUGCUGGUGAGGGCAGCCUUUCUGGCUCUUCACGGAAGCCCAUCUCAGCCCUUUCGCCUCAGAUGGACACUGAGGAUGAUAGCCAUAAGUCUGCCAGCUCACAGAAGGCUUUCAAGAUUGUGCUUGCUGGAGACGCUGCAGUGGGGAAGUCUAGUUUCCUCAUGAGACUUUGCAAGAAUGAAUUUCGAGGAAAUACAAGUGCCACCCUGGGUGUUGAUUUUCAAAUGAAAACUCUCAUUGUGGACGGAGAGCGAACAGUUCUGCAGCUCUGGGACACGGCUGGCCAGGAGAGAUUCAGAAGUAUUGCCAAGUCUUACUUCAGAAGGGCGGACGGCGUCUUGCUGCUCUAUGAUGUUACAUGCGAGAAAAGCUUCCUUAAUGUACGGGAAUGGGUAGAUAUGAUUGAGGAUGCAAUCCAUAAGAGUAUUCCAAUCAUGUUGGUGGGAAACAAGGCAGAUCUUCGUGACACUGCUGCAGCAGAGGGACAGAAAUGUGUCCCAGGCUACUUUGGAGAAAAACUGGCCAUGACAUAUGGGGCGUUAUUCUGUGAAACCAGUGCCAAAGAUGGUUCAAAUAUAGUGGAAGCUGUUCUCCAUCUUGCCCGGGAAGUGAAAAAAAGAACUGAUGAAGAUGACAGCAAAUCUGUUACCAAUCUGACUGGGACCAGCUCCAAAAAGUCAGCGCAGAUGAAGAACUGUUGCAAUAGUUAAAUCCCAAACACCCUUGGCCUGGGAGGUCUUCAUUUCUGGAGUCCUGAAUCCGUGUGACUUACUGGCUUCUUCUAUGGAGUGGCGCAUCCUAAAGACCCUGUCACACGGAAAGCCACAGUGCAGGAAAGCUGUGCUCUUGGGCCUUCAGGAACCCCAGCUCCUCUUUGCUCUGUGCCAAUGAAUGAUUUGAACCAUCCAGUUAAAUAUGUUUGUCUUGUCCUUAUAGAAUCUCAGAAGAUAAUGUGUAAAUGUUUUUAAAGUGGUAAAAAUUCACAUGCUCAGAUCAAAGCUUUAGGAGAAACUCAUGGACAUACUUAAAUUCAUGUGGCAACUGCCUUUACAGAUCACCUAUGACAACACAUAUGUUAUAUAUGCAGUACUACAAAGUACUAGGAAAGGGGGGUUAUCGUCCUAGCUCUGCUGUUAACUUGCCUGGGGUCUUGGACAUGUCACCAGCCUAUGUUAGGUCUGUUUCCUCAUCUGUAAAGCAAGCAGCUUGGCCUUGCAGGCUUGGCCUCUGGGAUCCUGUAGCCCUUUGAGCAACGGGAGGAAGAGAACAGUUAGCACUCUGGUUAGUUGUACUUAUUAAAUAUUGGAGUAUUGAUUAUUCUUUCUGAAAGAAGAACAAUUUAAUUGAGAAAAAAGGGGUAAUGUUUUAGGCUGCAAUGGAGGCAGAAAAAUAUAUUUUUUUAUGUAUAAAGAAAGAACACAUUUGUGACAAAAACAUUUGUAUAUAGAAGAAGGUAUUUUAUCAUCCCAGGAUACUUACAACGUCCAUGGUUUAAAUUCAAUGUUAAAAAUGGUCAUAAAAAUAUAAAAAGUCACAUCUUAGUGGCAGAACAAUGCCCAGGAAAGUUGUCACUCUUCACUUAAAAAGGUGCACCAGCAAGUGGUUGCCAGGGGCUGGGGAAAGGGAGGGACAGGGAGUGACUGCUAAUGGGUGUGUGGUUCCUUUGGGGUUUGAGGAGAAUGUCUGGAAUUAUAUUAUGAUAAUGGUUGCACAACUUUGUGAAAACUAAAAAAUUACUGAAUUGUGUACUUUAAAAAGGUGAAUUUUAUGGUAUGUGAAUUAUAUCUCAUUAAAAAAAAUACGCUAGCUCUUAAAAUGGUUUAACAUUUUGCUAACAAAAAUAUGCAUGCUUAGA